AGGAAGGGGGUGUGCACCUCUCCGAGUCUCCUUUUUCUUCUCCCCCCUGACAGAACUAUGGCAGUGAUGUUUGUCCACAUGGAUCCCUGCCAGCAGCACCUGAGGACGGAGGCCUCCAGUCCCCCACAUUCCUGACAAUCCGUCCCUGGCUCAUGCAAAUACGCGCAGAGAUUCAAGCUGCUGCUAUGGAUGGAAUGAGACACUUCCAGGCUCCAGGCAGAUGCAUCUCAGUGGCAGAGCCUCGCCUCCUUUGCGAAGCACCAGAGGUCGCUCUGGUUGGCUUAAAGCUACUUUUUGCAUCUUGGGCAGCUCAGUCUGAUCUUCUCUUCUGGAGUUUGUGGAAAGGGUUUUGCAUGUGCUAGGGAGGGGUGGUGGAUGAACUGGUUGUUGGGAAACCUCUCUCUCCCCCUCCGGUUUCCCGUUGAUGACCAUAUGAUCUGGCACAAGGAGCCUGGAGCUGCUACGCCAGUUCUCAAGUGGAGAAGAGAAAGGAAGGCAAAUAUAUAUACACACACACUCAUGCAUGCACACACAGACUUUCUUCCUGAUCAUCUCCACCCCUAACACAUCUGCUGCUGCUGCUGCCGCUGCUACUGCUGCUGUUCUCUGUGAAGUGUGAGCAAGCCCAAAGUAUCUACUGUAAAGGCAGCAAGUAUCUUGAGGAGAAAAGAGGCAGCUCUGGGAAGACAGAAGAAGCUGCAGAGCUGAGCAACUUUGGGCAGAGUUUGCCAUCCAAGUCAACAAGUGCUGUGAAAGGACAGGGCGUCGCAGUGGAGCAUCACUCAAAGGGCACCAAAGUUGGAACCUCCGUCCGGGUGGUUGUUGACUCCCGAAAGCCUUCCACCAUUACCUCCAAAAGCGAAGACGAUUUCUUAACCCUGGCCGCCUCCAGACUAAGCCACAAAAAAAGGGUCAUUGGGGCCGCCAUUGGGGUGGCAAUGGUGUUGGUUCUCCUGGUGGCCAUUCCUUUGCUGGUGCACAGCUCCAAAACCACCUCCCACUACGAGAUGUUGGGUAGCUGCCGUAUGGUCUGUGACCCCUACACUCCGCAAACCCAUGGGGCAGCUUCAGCGGAGGCAAGCCAGGAGUUGGCUGUCAUCUCACCACCUCCUUAUGCAACUGGAGGAAGAGGCGACCAAGGAAGGAAGGGCAAGUCUGGAAUCCGUGGGCCUCCAGGACCUCCAGGACCACCCGGCCCCCCGGGCUCACCUGGAGAACCAGGGAGGCCAGGACCUCCGGGGCCACCUGGUCCAGGGCCUGGGGGUUACAUGCCGUCUUUCCCUAAGAUUGCCUUUUAUGCAGGACUGCGGAAGCCGCACGAAGGGUAUGAAAUCCUGCGCUUUGAUGAUGUGGUGACCAAUGUGGGAAACUACUAUGAACCACUGAGUGGCAAGUUCACCUGCCCUCUACCUGGCAUCUACUUCUUCACCUACCACGUGCUGAUGCGUGGAGGCGAUGGCAGCAGCAUGUGGGCAGACCUGAUGAAGAAUGGGCAGGUCCGUGCCAGUGCCAUCGCACAAGAUGCUGACCAGAACUACGAUUAUGCCAGUAACAGUGUGAUCCUACACCUGGACGUGGGCGACGAAGUCUUCAUCAAGCUGGACGGUGGGAAAGUCCAUGGCGGCAACACCAACAAGUACAGCACCUUCUCCGGAUUCAUCAUCUACCCGGAUUGAGCCCUUCUGGCUCCUACCUCCCCACCCUUUUUUCCUAUCCAAACCCUUUCCCCCCUCUGGGUCAGCUCACUAUUCUUCUUGGCUUUACCAUCUCCCUGGAGCCCUGGGGAUCCUUUCUGCUAGUUCCAAUCAACAGAGGACGGAACAGACACUUGGAGAAGGGAGACUCAGCCCUCCCCCUUGGGUCAAUAUGCUGUUUAGAGGGUGGGCAAAAUAAGGGAUUUAGGGUGCAUGGGGAAUUGGGGGGGUAGAUACAGGGUAACAGAGUAUCGUCCUGGGUGGGCCCCUGGUCAGUAGCAGCCAUAUCCCCUAGAGAGGCAAAAUCUAGGUUUUGCGUAAUAUCCUUACUUUGAAAGAAAGGUUGAUUAAUGCAAUGUGGGGUCCAAAUCCACUGCUGAUUGGUUGCAGGGUUCUGUUUCUAUACCAUCCACUCCCUAAACAAUUCUAAGGAGCAAAGACUUAGAAAGUGAAUUGAUUUCAUUAGCUCCCUUCCACAGGAAAAAAAAGGAUGCCUUUUGUAUAUAUUCCACAGACCGACUGAUUGGUUGCCUGUGACAGGAGUCGUUACUUCAUAGGCUAUUAUUUAUCCAAUAGAAAAAGCCAAUGGGAAAGGCUGGGGUGAAAGUAGGAAUAGCAGGGUUUAGUGUCCACACUCCCAUUUCCCCUUAGGACAAGAGGUCAUAAGCACAUUUGGGAAACACUCGGGACUCCCGGUGCUAUAUGUCAAUGGUGGGACAGGAUUCAAAUAAAAAUGGUCUGUGUGCUCGGGUUCCACAGUAUGAGCCCACUCCAGGUCAACAGUGGGAGAGAACUGUCCUUUUGAAUGAAUCUCCAAACCCCACUAUAUCAAAAUAACCCUUGAUGUACAAAUAGGGGCUUUCAACCCCACAUUCCUCCUGCCUUUGUACACUGAGCCACGUAUUACUGGGGCUGAUCCUCAUAUGGUGAUCUAUUGUUCAACUGCAUGAAUAUAUAUAGAAAUCCCUAACAUAGAGACUUCCAACGGGGACAGAAGAGGACCGCAAUCUGGGGGGGCCACUAUGGCUUUGUGUGUAAGUAUAUCACUGUGGCUGCCCUGGAGACAAUGGACUGCUUCAUAUCAUGAUAUAAACCCUUGUAAUCCAAACAUUGACAUACACGCCUGCAAGGACAGUCUCCCUGCCCCCCAUUUCACAGUUGCCAUUUUGGAAUCAGGUAAGGCUGCUGAUGACUGGAUAGUUGAUAGUAUCCUAGCGCAUUGCAACAGACCCCCAGAACUACCCCAAUUCACACAACCAUAACACUUGUAGAAUAUGCACCAUCUUGACCACAUUUGCUCCAGUCAAGUCCCACUGCUG